UUCUUUUGCAUCCACCCUGCCUAUAAAUCUCAUGUGUUUGGUCCUCUCCUUUCGAGAUCUCUCCCAAAAUCAAACUAGAGAGACGCAUUCUACCUUCUGUCAUCUUUCUACUUUUCCUUCAACUAUUAGGUGUGUGUGUGUAUAGUUGUGGGAAGAUGUGGAAAAUGAGAAUGGCACAAGUGAUCAUCUUUUUCUCCUUGAUUUUCCUUCACCUUAUUGUGUCACCCAUUUGUGCCAUGCCCCUUGCACCUGCAUUGUACGUGUUUGGGGACUCCUUGAUGGACAGUGGCAAUAACAAUUUUAUGCCCACUUUUGCCAAAGCCAAUUACUUGCCUUAUGGGGUUGAUUUCCCCAAAGGUUCCACCGGAAGGUUCACUAAUGGAAAAACAGUAGCCGAUUUUAUAGCUGAAUAUCUUGGAUUGCCAUAUUCUUCGCCGUACAUCAGUUUCAAAGGUCCAAGGUCAUUAACUGGAAUCAAUUAUGCAUCUGGUUCAUGUGGAAUUCUGCCAGAGUCCGGGUCCAUGCUUGGAAAAUGCUUGAAUUUGAGGGAUCAAAUUAAUUUAUUUCAGAGGACAAUUAAGAAGGAUUUACCCAGGAAGAUAAAAAAUCCGAUUCAAUUAUCUAAGCAUUUAUCAAAAUCUAUUUAUGUAUUCUCUAUAGGGAGCAAUGACUACAUCAAUAACUACCUUGAAACCAAGUAUUAUGAUACAAGCAAGCGCUACUUGCCUCAACCCUUUGCUAAACUCCUCAUUGAAAGGCUCUCUGAGCAAUUUGAGAAAUUGUACGGAUUGGGAGCCAGGAAGCUAAUUAUGUUUGAAAUUGGACCUAUUGGGUGCAUCCCAUCAGUCUCAAGGAAACAUCUACACAAAGGUGACUGCAUAGAGGAAACAAACCAAAUGGUGACAUACUUCAAUGAAAGGCUUCCUCCAAUGCUGAAAAAUUUGACAUCCAGUCUUCCAGGCUCCACCUUUGUUCUUGGUCGUUCCAAUUCACUGGGUUAUGAUGCAAUAAAAAAUCCAUCCAAAUAUGGUCUAACGGAUGCAAGCAAUCCGUGUUGCACCACUUGGGCAAAUGGGACUUCAGGAUGUAUCCCAUUGUCAAAACCAUGCCUAAACCCAAGCAAGCAUAUCUUUUGGGAUGCUUUUCAUCUUACAGAAGCUGUAUAUUCAGUCAUAGCAUCAGGAUGCCUAAAUAAUAGAUCUGUAUGCACACCUGUGAGCAUUCAAGAGCUGGUCAAAAUGUAAAUGAUAAUCGGUAAAGAUUAACUAGUUAUUUGUGAACCAUAUAGUUUAUAUAAUGAUCAUGUAUAUAUGAUAUUGAUUAUGGUGAAGGAAAAAAAUUAAUAACAGAGGCCAUAUAUAUCCAUUAUUUACUUACAUUGCAAUAAGUGAUGUAUGAAGUUCUUGAGUUGAUUUUAUUGGUACA